UUUUCAUUCUCGCGAGAUUAUCAGACAGGAAGAGACGAAGACGAAGGUCAAGGAGUAAACAUGGCAACUCGCAGUGUGUUGAGGUCUCUAUGGACCUCCUUUGCGGGCUUAAAAUUAGGUGUUACUGGCAGUAACGCGAGUGCUCUACAGAGGAUAAACGUCCCCCAGCUGUCGGCUUUUGCCAUUCAGAGCAGAGGAAUCCGCCAAGUUGUGGAGAAUCAAGAGGGGAAAACAACAACUAUUGAAGGACAAAUAUUGGACAUACCAGCAGGACCACAGCCUCCAAACCCCGCAGCCAAGUGCCCCAUCUACAGAUGGAACCUGCAGCACAAAUACAACUACACGGAUGUCUUGCUGCUCAGUCAGUUCAUCAGGUCAGAUGGAGGGAUGUUGCCUAGGAGAAUAACUGGUCUCUGUCCAGAGGAACAUCACAAGAUUGCCAUCUGUGUGCAGAUGGCUCACAGAGCAGGUCUGCUUCCUGACCACAAACCCAAACUUCCAGAGGGCCAUGUCUCAAAGAAGCCCAAGCAGCAACUCAACAGAUACCUGACCCGCUGGUCCAUUGACUCGGUGAAACCCAUCUAUAAAACAGGACUGAAGUGGUGUAAGAAGCGCAUGCCUGUUGGCCACCCAGUACUCAAGGACAAUGUGCGUUAUGGCGUCAAACCUGUUUACACAAAUCACUGAAGGAUAGAGAUCCAGACAAAUCAGUACAGCAACUGGAAGAAAGUGGGUGGGCCUGUGAUGCAAGGACGCAGAUUCCAGUGGAUUUCCAUUCAACCAAGUCUUUCAACUACAUCUGCAAUUUACAGUGACUUUUGUCAUACUACCAUGGGAAAACCUUUAUCCAUCUGUAUUUAUUGUACCUUUUGUUUAUUAAGCUGCGUCACAGUUUCAAUGAAUCAUGCUCAGCCCCACCCAGAACCAUCUAUUCUGUCUCUGUUCGUUUUCAAAAAGCCCUUGAAGUGACAACUUAAAGAGGGCAACAACUGGGUCAGUGUUACGUUUUCAAAGUAGGUGGUAUGUUGACUGUGUAUACUCAAAGCAACACAGAUGUGCAAAUAAAAUCCAUCUGUUUACUCCA